GAAAAAGUUGAAAAUGCAGGUAAACUUCAAGAAACUAAAAGCUGUCAAGAACAGGAUGUCUCUGGAAUUAAAUGCUCGAGUGGGUUGGUUAAAUCCAAUAGCUCUUUUGGGGAUAGCAAAAAUGACGAUCAAUUGCUAUGUAAGAUCUUGGACGCUCAUAAUUCAUCUUCUUGCCUUUCUGAGCCUCCAGACAUCAAAAAUUGGUUCUCAAGUUAUACUUAUGAAACUCCUUACUUGCAUAUGACGGAUGAAUUUGGAGACUCUCCUUUUGAAGAUAAAGAAUCUGAGGAACAUAUCUUUGCUGUUGGAGAUAGCAACAAAGAGGAAGAAGAGAAUUGUGGGAUGAUGAGAAAAGUUGAAGGUAGGGACAGACUAAUUGUUGAUGAGAAGCUAAGCUCAAGUCAUUUUGAAAAGUGUAUCACAUCUCUAGGAAAAGAUGACCAAGAAAAUGAAUCCUUAAGAAAGAGCAUUCAUGAGGCUGGAGACAAGGAAAAUGCAUGUGAUCAUAAUAAUUUGUGUUUUGAGAAGAUUUUGGGGCAAAGCUUGGAAGCUAAACCAUCACAAGCCAGUGACAUCAGUUCCCACAAAUAUGCUGAAAAGUCUAAUGACGAAGGUUGUGUGUUGACAGUGCAGCAAGGUUCUUCAAUAAUACCAGUUCACAGAAGCAAUGACAAAGAAAAUGAAGGGGGAGCAGUUACAGUAGAUGGUUUUGUCACAACAAGGAAGAGUAGGUUGGCAAGGAUAAAUCAAGAAAAUUCCCGGAAAAGGCCACCAGAGAUUCUGGUAGAGUGUUCAAGAAAAGGUGGGAGCAUUACUAGUGUUGGAAAGGAUCCUGUUGAGAAAAGAAGAGUCUUGGCAGAAACAACCAAUAUUCAACAUUGUGAGGUAAUGGAGGUCACCGGAAAAUGGCGCUGUCCUCAGAGGAACAAGCCUCAUCAAGGUCCACCUUUGAAGCAGCUUCGACUGGAGCAAUGGGUUCGUAGAGUGUAAAGGGCUGCUUUUAUAAUAAACAUUGCAAUUUCAU